UUUUCCUCAAUCUAUAGGACAGACCUAUCACUGGACAAAGGAUACAGUUGUCUAAUGAGUGUCAUAUUUCAUACGAUACUGACGUUAAUAUUUUUGUUUCUGUCGACGCCGUCCAUUGCCGUCAAUAUAUUAAUGUCUCCGUUUGGCAGUGAAGACAUGCCAGUACUGGUCGGUUUAAGACAGUUUGGUCAGCCAUACCUGUUGAUGGCAAUGACUAGUAUACUGCCGUCACUAAUCAGUUUAGUCCAGAAUCAGAUCUCAUAUAAGACAAAAUCUUCAUUAUCUCACGCACUUAUGUUUAAGUCAUAUUUUUUUCUCAUAUUAAUGGUACUCAUACUUCCGGCGCUCGGUCUUUACACUUCCGCCGUACUGUUGGACAUGUUAUUCAGCGGUGAAAACACUUCGUCCAAACAGCAGAUCCAAUGGAAUUGUAUGUUUCCUUCGGGUAACAGUGCCUUCUUCAUGAACUAUGUCCUAUCGUCGGCCUUAGUCAGCAAUUCUUUACAAAUAUUGUUAGUUCCCGAAGCCGCCCAAUACGCCCUGUAUCUACUGGUGCUGUCGCGCUCAGUGGCCGAGUAUGAGAGUGCCCGACUAAAAAUACAUUUUGAUUUUAGUUUUGGCUCACGAUAUCCUAUAUUGUUGUUGAUCUUUACGGUUGUCACCACUUAUUCCAUAUCCAGUCCGUUGAUAGCACCCGUAGGUUUGUUUGCUAACCAAACAUCUGGUCGAUCGUUACAAUCUAUACUAUGUUUACAGUCCGUCGCCCAUAACCGACAAAAUGCAUCGGACGGCCCUAUAUUUUGUACAAAUAGCCUUUUUCUUUAUGUCCUUUCAAGUGGUAACAACAUUAUCGCAAUACAAUCAGACAUUUCUGUGGUUCGGGCCAGCGAUACCCGUCGUUAUUUAUGUUUUUAA